GCAAACGCACACAGAAAGACGCAUGCACUAGAACUACCGGAGCUCGCGUGAGCACAAACAGUAGAGUUCAGGAAGUGGCGCGUGAAGCAGCCUAAAUUCCUCGCGCAGGAGCGGGGGCUCGCGGCGGCUCGCGGAGGCCAUGGAUCACAUAGGGAUACUGGGGGCGCACCUGCAGCAGCACGCGCAAGUGGAGUCCAUUAGUUUCGGCAUCGAUCAGAUCCUCAGCAACGUGGAGCAAAGCUGCAUGUUGGGCACGAGGAUGCACGAGCCGGACUACGGACACCCGGCCUACAACAGCGGCGCGAGCGGCGGCGUGAACGGAGGUUUCACGUGCAACAACAGCGGAUAUAACGGCACCGGCAGCGCGUGCGGGAUGUCUUCCCUCGGCAGUGCUUAUCAGAUGAGCAUGGGCGUGAAUAUGAACGGUGCUAACGUCAACCCCGCCGGGGUCAUCCGUGUCCCCGCUCACCGGCCUCUGAGCGCCGGGAACUCUUCCAUGCCUGCGAUGAGCGGGACCAUCAACAACCUGACAGCGCUCACGUUCCCAUGGAUGGAGAGCAAUCGACGCUACACUAAAGACAGAUUCACAGUGUCCCUCUCACCCCUCACUGUAACACGUCGUGUAGGUCACCCUUAUCAGAACCGGACACCGCCGAAGAAGAAAAAGCCCCGGACGUCCUUCACCCGCCUGCAGAUCUGUGAGCUGGAGAAACGCUUUCACCGGCAGAAGUACCUGGCGUCGGCUGAACGUGCUGCGCUGGCCAAAGCACUGAAGAUGACCGACGCACAAGUCAAGACCUGGUUCCAAAACAGACGCACCAAGUGGAGACGGCAAACGGCGGAAGAGCGAGAGGCUGAGCGGCAGCAGGCCAAUCGGAUCCUCAUGCAGCUGCAGCAGGAGGCCUUCCAGAAGACGAUCAACCAACCCGUGACCCCGGACCCGCUGUGCCUACAGAACAGCUCUCUAUUUGCCCUGCAGAGCCUGCAGCCAUGGAACGAGAAUACCGCAAAGAUAGGCAGCGUAACUGCCUGCGAGUAGAAUCAGCACAAACCAUCUAGCAGGGUGUCUGAGACUGAGACUGCUUAAUAGCAGAGAAGCUGGCUAAAGCUUACAUGCAAGGUCAUGUCCCUGUUCUUGUUGUCACCCAUCUACUGUCAGAUAGACUUUGAAGCACCAUCAGAUAGAGUCCCCCAGCACUACUCGCUCCUAAUGGGGAUCACAGUCUGAGGUGGAUUCUUCAGUGGUCUGGAGUGAAUCCAGCCCUGCAGACACCAAGGUUUAAUCUUUGGGAAUAAUUCGGAGGAGUACUGAUGGACAGUGUGACAGACUGGCAUCGAAGAGUUGUUGUAGCUACUGUAAUUUCCUAAAAGAGACUAAAUGAUUCAUGGCUAAAUAACAUAUUUUCAUAUGGAGUCUCUUACAAAAAGAAUAUGCUUCUGCAAUCAGUGUCUAUCCAACCCCUCACAGCAGUUUGUGAUGUGACUGCGACUUUUAAUCUGUUGACUUGUGUUGCUGGACACAAAUUUUCACCUCUUUGUGUUCCAAAUUAUCCUACAUUUGUCAUGCACACGAAAUGAAUUUUGGCUCACUGCAGCAUAAAAGAGCACUUAUUUUAUCACCUGAGAUGAACAACAGCGAGAGUGAAAAGAGUAAACCUGUGUGUUUCACCCCGUCUUACUGUAGCUAGGCUAUAUAUGGUCAAAAAUCUUCUGAUUAAUGGGGGAACAAAUACCAUGGCACUUUAUAAGUACGUUUAACAAAAAACAUACUUUUCACCACAGUUUAGCUCAUAUCACAUUUUCUUUUCUCUUAUUUUUGUAAAAGGGUUUUACAGACGGUAUUUUCCUAACUCUCACCUCUGUAAAGCAAAGGAUCUUAGACCUGACACCAAAAACCAAUUACAAAAAGCUGUCGUGUGUUCAUUUUUUGUCCACUGUGUGUGUGUGUGUGUGUGUGUGUCUGUGUGUGUGUGUCUGUGUGUGUGUGUGUGUGUGUGUCUGUGUGUGUCUGUGUGUGUGUCUGUGUGUGUGUGUGUCUGUGUGUGUGUGAUAUGCUUCAAAACAGCAAAAAGCUGUCUUCAUACACAGGAGGCAGUUACAUAUUUUGAACACGGACACACAUUUUCUUUCUGUGUAACGUAGCAUUUAGCGUGAAUGUCUCUUGAGCCUCAUCAUGAGAAUGAUGAUUGAAACAGCUGAUUGGAGAAAUAAUUAAUAACAAGUAUGUUCAUUAAAAACUAAUUUAGAAUGAAGGAGAUAGAAAACCUCCCCACUUUAUGCCGUAGUUUUUCCCUGUGUGACACUCUAAUGGCUGAAGUGAAAAAAUAAUGAAUUUCUUUAAAUACUAUGAUCGUGUUAUGUUCUGUAAUUUAUGUAGAUCGAAUUCUCUUCGUGGGCUAUCGUUAAAGUAUCUCACUGUUUAUCAGUCAGUUCUCACAGCACUUCCAGAUACAAAUCAGGGGUUUGAAUUCUGUUUUGCUUAUUUGUUUUGUCAGACAGAUUUAGUUCUUUUCAUACAUUAGUGUAUAAACAAAAACAUAAAUGUGGAUAUUUUUCUGCUUUUUUUCACUGAUGCCAACAGACUGCAGAAGCAUGUUUGUGCGUGUAUACAUGUGUGAUGUGACAUUUGCCAGGACUGGUUUCUGAAAGGCUGAAGGAGAAUUUCAUCAUCCACUCAGAAAUAUCAGUGCUGAGACACUGAAGCUGAUCCACACUGGUGCCUCCUGGAAUUCCUUUCCCCCAACACACACACACACACACACAUCCCUGCAACAGCCUGAAAUCAGAUUAAAUCAUAAUGUUGGGGACUGUGAUACUUAUAGUAAAUCAUUAAUAAACACCUCCCAAUCUUAUGUUCAAGAAAGACAACAAGGCAGCUGAAGAAUCCGCUGCACACCCAGGAUCACAGCAAAAAGUCCUGCUGGUCAGGCCAGAAUAAAUGCCCUGAGUAAGAUAAUGAUGAUGUGAGUUUCAUGUGUGCCUCCGAGCACGCCCUAGAGUCCUACUUGCACUGAGUGAGCUCUAUCUUAAAUGGAAAACUACACAGAGAAAUGUGCCUAGAUCAAAGUACCAGACAGUGGAAAUGUGGCUUUAGAGUAAUCUGCAUAUAAAUCAAGAUUAGCUCCUGGCUGUGGGGUGAAUUUGGUGUAAAGACCAAUAUUAGUAUUUCUGAACAAAAGUCAUUAUCAGGGGUUAAAGUUGGGCUACGGCUUUCUGGCACCGUCAGUUAACGAGCAAUUAAUUGUGUGUGUGUGUGUGUGUGUGUGUGUGUGUGUGUGAGCUGUUUGCUUCCAGUGAUGUCAUUGACAUACCUACUCAAAAAUUUAAAAAAAUGACGUUGCACGGCCCUCUGCAUCAUACACUCUGAAAUGAUUCUUUGUGACAGUUGAAUCCUGUGGAGAUGAGCAAUUUGAAAAAGCUCUAGAAGGAGAGGGUAGGAGGGCCUUUACAUAAUCGGUUGUUUAUAAGGUCCCAAUAUCAGCUGUCCUGUUUAAGCUGAUGCUGUGGCCUGUGUCUUUAUAAUCAUAUGAGACUGGACUGUAUGUACUGGGUGUGUGAUUUCCUUUCUCUCACUUGAUUCAGGUGCCCAACACUUUUUUCUCCUGUGAAAACAGCUGACUCCACUUGUCAACUGGCAGUACACGAGCGGUUUCUAGAUCUUCAUCUGGGCAGCUGAACACUCCAAGCACACAGUGCUGUACAACAUUUAGACGGCUAAGUUCCAAAACGAAAAUGUAUUUUAAGUGACUGUUAAUAAUAAUCUUAUAUCAUUACAUUAUCAUUCUGCAUGCUUUAAUAUCAAAGAAUUGUUUUACAGCUACUGCUUGAAAUAAAGCUCAAGUAUUUUAAUUGCAACUCAUUGUUGAAAUUUAAUAUUUUCACAAUAUACCAAUACUAGGGCCAAAGUGUGUGUGUGAUAUUACAUGAAAAUGUUAAUUUUGAUGAGAUGAUGACUGCCAUUCACUUAACCUUUUAGGUGGCAUUAUCUUAUUGGCUGGUUGUUUAUGAUUCACAGUGUAAAGUUUUUAUUCUAAUAACUUUUGCUGUCACAUGAAUUUGACAGCAAAGGUUAUUCCCUCUAAAAUUUGAUGCAAUGGAAGUAUAAAGUAGAAUAACAUGAAAUUACUCAUCAAUUUAACUCACGGGUGAAUGCGGAGGGUGCACAUGAUAAAAAGAAAAAACAUGGCAUGCAUAUGUUUAUUAUUAUUGUCAUUGUCAUUAUUAUUAUUGCUCUUGUUUUGUUUUGCUGUUUUUAAUAUUUAGUUCCUACUACGGCUUUUGAUCAGUAUUAAGAUUACAGUUAUUUGCUCAUUUUGCUGACAAAAAUAUUUUUGUUACACUUAAAAUUAACACUACUCUCACAUCAAUGUGGUGUUACAUUUUAAAUUAACCUAAAUCCAGGGCAUAUUUUAGAAUAACAUAAAAAUCAAUUGAAAUGAAAAAUUCCACUAAAACCCAACACAAAACGAAAGCAACACACUUUUCUUUUAUCACUGUUUAGAUCAGGACUAUUUGUCAUGAUUAUUUCUUAAGUUUAAUGGGAGAAAUACUUCUGUUGCACGUAAACAUAACACUCCAUUCAUUGUACCUGCAUGAUGUGAAUAAAACAUAUAGAAAAGUC